UGUGUGGAGGUGGGGAGAGAGUCGCAUAGCAAUUGACGAGGGCUCUCUGCGCUCCCCUUGAAUGAAAUACCGGGAAUAUGAAUCCGUAUUUCCCCCCUCUCGCCUGAGGUUUUUUGGGGGUCUUUCUGGGGGCGCGCGCGAGGAUCAGUCGGGUACUUGCAGCGGGGAGGAGAAGAAACGGCGCAAAAGUGAUGGAAAAGUUGCACUGAUCUCGUGCCUGGAUCCGGUGGAUGAGGGAGGACGGGACUUAACUCGCAAAGUUUCCGAUCUCAAGUGACAAGACUCAAGACUGGACUGAAAUAAUGUGACUGUGCACUACGGCGAACACGCGAGCACAUUCCACUCACUUUUCAAUGAACUUUUAGUCUCAGUGGAUUUAUUAUUUUGUCCUGUUUUUGGCACAAAGGAACUAAAGGGUUUGAUUGGGAUCGGCUGAGUGGUGAGAGCGCACUGCAGCGGCGGGAUGAAUUCAAAGGAGAAGCUCUCCUUCCUCUCUGUUCACAUAUUUUAGCAUGUCGAGUUAAAACAAUUCCAAUUGCUGCUCCACUAUUAGGAUUUUUUUCUUAUUUGACUUCAUCGCCUGAAGCCUUCAACUCAUUCGCAACAAGAAGAGAAAUCCAAUUCUUGACAAACUGCUUCUGGACGGUUUUUUCUUUUUUUUUGUGACUCAAACUAAAAUCUGGGUGUUAGUUUUUCCAACUGUGGAUUCUUAGAUUUGUUCUUUUGCAGUUUGUCAUGAAGGAGUGGAUUCUUCAAUUGCCUUUUGAAUAAUUUGGAUUACAACCCAUAAGAGAGGCGUUGAAUGAUGUCUCCAACUUCUAUUGGAUUUGUAUUUCUGCUAGGAUUUGUCCAUGUGUGCUCAGGAUCCCGUCUGCGCCAGGAGGACACCGCACCCCGGAUCGUGGAGCACCCCUCUGACCUGAUCGUCUCCAAGGGGGAGCCCGCCACGCUCAACUGCAAAGCGGAGGGGCGGCCGACCCCGACGGUGGAGUGGUACAAGGAUGGCGAGCGGGUGGAAACGGACAGGGAUAAUCCCCGCUCUCAGCGCAUGCUGCUGCCCAGCGGCUCCCUCUUCUUUCUACGCAUCGUCCACGGACGACGGAGCAAACCGGACGAGGGGUCCUACAUCUGUGUGGCACGCAACUACCUGGGAGAGGCAGCCAGCCACAACGCAUCGCUGGAAGUAGCCAUUCUACGUGAUGACUUCAGACAAAACCCUGCAGAUGUGAUUGUGGCAGCAGGAGAGCCGGCGGUGCUAGAGUGUCAGCCUCCGCGUGGACAUCCGGAACCCACCAUAUCAUGGAAAAAAGAUGGAAUAAAUAUUGACGAUCGAGAUGAGAGAAUCACGAUACGCGGCGGGAAGCUGAUGAUCACAAACGCCCGGAAGAGUGAUGCUGGGAAGUAUGUGUGCGUUGGCACGAACAUGGUCGGGGAACGUGAAAGUGAAAUAGCUGAACUUACAGUGCUUGAGCGCCCUAACUUCGUUCGUCGCCCAGGCAGCCAGGUGGUGUUAGUGGACCAAAGUGUAGAGUUCAGGUGCGAGGCCCGAGGUGACCCAGUUCCCACCGUGCGCUGGAGGAAAGACGAUGGUGACCUGCCCAAAGGAAGAUACGAGAUUCGUGAGGACCACACCCUGAAAAUUCGUCGUCUGACCUCAGCUGACGUAGGCUCCUACACCUGCGUGGUAGAGAACAUGGUGGGCAAGGCGGAGGCGUCGGCCACGCUCACUGUCCACGUCAUGUCUGUGCCCCCGGCAUUUGUGGUUAGACCAAGGAACCAGGUGGUCGGGGUUGGCAGAACCGUCACUUUCCAGUGCGAGGCCACCGGAAACCCUCAGCCAGCCAUUUUCUGGCAGCGGGAAGGCAGUCAGAACCUGCUCUUCUCCUACCAACCUCCUCAACCCUCUAGCCGGUUUUCCGUAUCUCAGUCCGGGGACCUGACCAUCACUGAUGCUGAGCGCUCAGACAUGGGGUACUACAGCUGCCAGGCCAUAAACACUGCAGGCAGUGUCCUCACCAAGGCUCUGCUGGAGAUCACUGAUGUUAUCUCAGACCGCCCGCCACCAGUCAUCCGCCAGGGCCCAGCCAAUCAGACCGUAGCCGUGGAUGGCACGGUGGUCCUCAACUGUGUGGCAACAGGAAACCCCACCCCCACCAUCCUGUGGAGGAAGGACGGUGUCCUGGUGUCCACACAUGACUCCAGGGUCAAACAGCUGGACACGGGUGCAUUGCAGAUACGCUACGCAAAGCUUGGUGACACUGGAACCUACACCUGCAUCGCCUCCACCCCCAGUGGAGAGGCCUCAUGGAAAGCCUACUUAGAGGUCCACGAGUUUGGAGUCCAAGUCCAGCCAAACAGGCCUACUGAUCCAAACCUGAUCCCCAGUGCCCCUUCCAAACCCGAGGUCACUGAUGUGACCCGGACCUCCAUUGCCCUUUCCUGGAGACCUAACCUCAAUGCUGGAGCCACUCCCACCUCCUAUAUAAUAGAGGCCUUCAGUCACGCAUCAGGGAGCAGCUGGCAGACCUUGGCAGAGCAUGUGAAAACCGAGUCAUUUGUGCUGAAGGGCUUAAAGCCCAGUGCAGUCUACCUCUUCCUAGUACGGGCAGCCAAUGCCUAUGGGCUGAGCGAUCCCAGCCCCAUAACCGAAGCUGUGAAAACACAAGAUAUCCCCCCCACCAGUCAGGGCGUCGACCAUCGACAGAUCCAGAUGGAGUUGGGAGAAGUGAUCAUCCACCUGCACAACCCCACCAUUCUCUCCUCCUCCUCUGUCAGGGUGCAGUGGACAGUGGAGCAACAGUCCCAGUACAUCCAGGGCUACAAGGUGAUGUACAGGCCUUCACCAGAGGGGUUGCAGAGGAGCGAGUGGGCUGUGUUCGAGGUGCGGACCCCUGGGGAGGACAGCGCCGUCGUGCCGCAGCUUCGGAAGGGAGUCGCGUAUGAAUUCAAGAUCCGGCCCUUCUUCAAUGAAUUCCAGGGAACAGACAGCGAUGUCAAAAUUGGCAAGACGCUGGAGGAAGCCCCCAGUGCCCCCCCUCGCGAGGUGACAGUGGCGGAGAGCGGGGACAAUGGGACCGCCAUCGUGGUCUCCUGGCAACCCCCUCCAGAGGAGGAGCGGAACGGGGUGGUCCAGGAGUACAAGAUCUGGUGCUUGGGGAAUGAGAGCAGGUACCACAUCAACCGUACAGUCGACGGCUCGGCGCUGUCCGUGCAGAUCCCCAGUCUGGCCCCAGGGAUCCGCUACAGCGUGGAGGUAGCAGCCAGCACCGGGGCCGGUCCCGGGGUCAAGAGCGAUAUCACCUUCUUCCAGCUCGAUGCCUCUGGGAAAAUGACAGAGACGGUGAUCCAGGAGAACCCUCUUUCCCAGCAGAUCUCAGACGUGGUCAAGCAGCCCGCCUUCAUAGCCGGCAUAGGAGCCGCUUGCUGGAUCAUCCUCAUGGUCUUCAGCAUCUGGUUGUACAGACACCGAAAGAAGAGGAAUGGCCUCUCCAGCAGCUAUGCAGGCAUACGCAAAGUGCCAUCCUUUACUUUCACACCAACAGUUGCAUAUCAGAGAGGAGGAGAAGUUGUAAGCAGCGCUGGAAGGCCCGGUUUGCUGAACAUUGGGGAAUCUGCCACCCAGCCCUGGCUGGCGGACACGUGGCCCAACUCCUGCUCCAACCACAAUGACUGCGGCAUCAACUGCUGCACUGCCGGCAAUGGCAACAGUGACAGCAACCUGGCAACGUACAGCCGUCCAGCCGACUGCAUCGCCAAUUAUAACAACCAGAUGGAAAACAAGCAGACCAACCUUAUGGUGCCAGAGUCAGGAGUCUAUGGAGACGUUGACCUGUCCAACAAGAUCAAUGAGAUGAAGACCUUCAACAGCCCCAACCUGAAAGAUGGCCGCUUUGUGGGUCCAGGGGGCCAGCCGACACCGUACGCCACCACCCAGCUAAUCCAGUCCUCCAUCAUGGGCAACAAUGUUAACUCGGACAGAGGAACUGGAGGAAGUGGAGGAGGACUCAUGGGCGGAGGGGAGAUGAAUGAAAAACACGGCUGGAAGCCCAUUUCAGUUCAGCAGCAGAAGCAGGAAAUGGCCUCCCAGCUACAGUACAGCAUCAUGGAGCAAAACAAGCUGAACAAGGACCGCUACAGAGGAGGUGACGGCCCCGUGGCAGCAACCAUCCCCUACAACCAGACCCAUGACAGCCACACCGGGGGCUCCUACAACAGCUCCGACCGAGGCAGCAGUAGUACCUCUGGGAGUCAGGGUCAGAAGAAGGGAGUGCGCACCCCCAAACCACCCAAACAGAGCACAAUGAAUUGGGCUGACCUUUUGCCCCCUCCCCCUGCAAACCCACCCCCAAGUCGGAGCACCGAGGAGUACACCCUGUCAAUGGAAGAAAGGUGGGACUUGUCUGCGCAGACACAAAGACAGAGACAAGCUGACAGCUGUGAAGCAGGCAUGCAGUGCCCCAUGCCCCCCUCUGACAUGUACCUGCAGCCGGAUGAGCUGGAGGAGGAAGAGGAGAUGGAGAGGGGGCCUACUCCUCCCAUCCGAGGGGCGGCCUCUUCCCCUGCAGCUGUGUCUUACAGUCACCAGUCCACAGCCACUCUCACCCCCUCACCCCAGGAGGAGAUGCAGCCAAUGCUCCAGGACGCACUUGACAGCCACGAACGCAGGCGGCACACUGUGAGCCCCCCAGCCCCUCCCAAGCCCCUCUCUCCUUCACACCCAUAUGGGUACGUCACCAGCCCAUUGGACACUGAUGGAAUGGAGGAGGAAGAGGAGGAGGAGGACGACGACGAUGAUAUAUUGGAGGAAGAGGGUGACGAGACAGAUGUUGAGGUGGCCAAGAUGCACUACCACCACACCCACCCCCACACACACCCCCACCAUCCCCAGAUGCACCCUCGAAGGUUGCUGCUACGAGGCCUUGAACAGACGCCUGCGUCCAGCAUGGGCGACCUGGAGAGCUCGGUGACCGGCUCCAUGAUCAACGGGUGGGGUUCCGCUUCCGAAGAGGAUAAUGUCUCUUCGGGGAGGUCCAGCGCCGUCAGCUCUUCAGACGGAUCGUUCUUCACCGAUGCUGACUUUGCUCAGGCGGUCGCUGCAGCUGCGUAUUCAGGCGAGUAUUCAGGCCACCGGACGGCCAAAUACCCCAACACGCUGGGCCACGAAGUUGGAGGAGCUUCUGCCCGAAAAUACCAAAUAAACCCUUCGAGUCAUCGCCCUGGUAGCCCGGUGUCAACAGACAGUAACAUGAGUAUGGCAGCUGUACACAGGAGGCCUCCUAAGAAGCAGAAACAGCAUCCUGCUGGACAUCCGGGGAACCAGCGACGUGAAGCCUAUAAUGAAGAUCUUCCACCUCCGCCUAUCCCACCUCCAGCAGUGCUCAAGUCGCCCACACACCCCUCCAAGGGAGUACUGGAAGGCCGGGGAGUGAUUUCCCCCAAAGUGGGUGAGGUUCGAGACAAGAGAGGAGGAACGGGGGGUUAUCGGCCCCGGGAGGGCUCGGACCCCAGAAACAGCUCAUCUGACCGCAAAGAUGCUCAAGAGAGACAAAAGAGCGCUCAUGGGGGGAAAGGGAUUAAACACGAGGGAAGCGUCGCCAACAAGCCGCGGCAACACCCAGAGGACAUUCUGCCCUAUAGCCGGCCACAGUUCCCCGCAGUCAACAGCCCCCGGGACCCAAGCUCUUCCAGCUCCAUGUCCUCGAGGGGGUCAGGGGGUCGGCGAAGAGGAGAAGGAGGCCGCAGGAACCCUGCAGACAUGGGCCUUAACACCACAGGGGCCUUCCAACAAGGAGAUGAAGAGCUUCAGAUGGUAGAAAGCUGAAGAACAGACGAGGAGCAGAGGAACUGUCCUGACUUUUCCAAGAGAGGAGCACCAUUGUUUCUCUUACAACUUUAAAUAUCUCAGUAUUUCACCAUCUUGUUUGCUGCCAUUAUGCUGUACAUCAGUAGUGUUUCUUUACAUCUGGAAAACAGACCAAUGUUUUUUUUUUUCCUACCUUAUCAUUUUCUAUGUCCAUUUAAAAAAAGGAAAGGGCGUCUGAAGAUAAGAGUGCAUUCAAAACAAAAUACGCAGUGGUAUAUUUACGUUUAAUUCCAAUGCAAUAUGGAGUGAAAUCUUAUUCCAGACAUUGACAUGACUCUGCUUGCCUCGACAAGAACUCUGGAGAGCCCAAACAGUGAGUUGUUACUGUAUUGAAUUAGCUGCAAGCAGAGAGGGGUGGACUGUCUGUAAAUAUACGUGUAUACAUGAUGUCUUCUUGUUUUACCCACUGUGGUACCUGGAAUUUGUCUCCCUUUUUUAUUUUGUGAAUUCUAAUUUUAUUAUGCCAGUAAAUAUAAUUAUUAUUUUAUCAUUUCCAUCCAAGUUGUAAAUUGCUAUAUUAUUUAGCUGCCCCAAGAAAGUGCCCCUUUGGGAUUUUUUUUUCUUUUCUUUUGUAUUUUAUAAUGCACUGUUAUGUUUCGUGUUGAUGUCAAUGUUUGUCAUUUGUUUUACUUUGGUUUUAAAAGCACAAUCACUAAACUUUAUUUUAAACCAUUCUAUCUAUUAACCUUUUUGUCUUACUGGAGGAAAACAGGUAUGACAAAAGAGUCUAGUUAAUCCUGAUGAUGAUGACGAUGAUGAUGAUGUAGGUAAAGGUUGCUGUUUACGAAGGAUGGGCUUGAAAGGAGACUCCUUGCGUUGUGAUUGUCACCCUCUCCAGUUCUGACACUAGCUUGUGUGUUGAAAGACAGUUAAUGUGAGUCAUAGCUGCAAUGUAUAUAUCUUUUCCCAUUGACCAUAAACUCAGCUAUUGCACAUUAAUCAAAAUGGUUAUGUUGUCUAAUAAUGCACUUAAACAAAUGUCAAAUACAGGAAAUAAGAGUCACUUUGGGAAUCUGGAGAGGUUGUAGUUGGACAAGAAGAGUCUCUUUUCUUGAUAAGGUGAUGGUAAUGGGUCCUUGUUUUUAAGAAGGAAGGGUGCUGUUGUUUAUUCAUAUGACAUCUGCAAGCAUUUGUUUCGUAAAGCAAAAAAGUAAAAAGAAGUAAUAAAAAAUUCAAACUACA